ACAUCACCAUCAACACUAACACCAACAACUGAUACAUCCACCACACCAACUAGUUCACAGUCAACUAGCGAAGAUCCCACAUCACCAACAACCGAAACCUCUACCACUCCAACCACUCAAUCUUCCGCAUCACCAUCAACACUAACACCAACAACUGAAACAUCCACCACACCAACUAGUUCACAGUCAACUAGCGAAGAUCCCACAUCACCAAAAACAGAAACCUCUACCACUCCAACCACUGAAUCUUCCACAUCGCCAACAACAGAAAGUUCUACUACACCAACCGCUGAAUCUUCCACAUCACCAUCAACCAUAACAUCAAGCACUGACUCUUCGACUACACCUUCAACAAUAACACCAACAACAAACUCACCUACUACGCAAACUGCUGCACUACCAGCAUCAGAUUUUACACCAUCUUUAUCGACUUCCACCACAUCAACCAGUUCAGAAUCAACGAGUGAAAUUUCCACAUCACCAACAACAGAAACCUCAACCACUCCAACCACUGAAUCUUCCACAUCACCAUCAACACUAACACCAACCACUGAAACGUCCACCACACCAACCAGUUCAGAAUCAACAAGUGAAAUUUCCACAUCACCAACAACAGAAAUCUCUACCACAUCAACCACGGAAUCUUCCACAUCACCAUCAACACUAACACCAACAACUGAAUCUUCCACCACACCAACCAGUUCAGAAUCAACAAGUGAAAUUUCCUCAUCACCAACAACAGAAACCUCUACCACUCCAACCACUGAAUCUUCCACAUCACCAUCAACACUAACACCAACAACUGAAACAUCCACCACACCAACCAGUUCACAGUCAACUAGCGAAGAUAACACUUCACCAACAACAGAAACCUCGACCACUCCCACCACAACACCAACAACAGAAACAUCCACCACACCAACUAGUUCACAGUCAACUAGCGAAGAUCCCACAUCACCAACAACAGAAACCUCUACCACUCCAACCACUGAAUCUUCCACAUCACCAACAACAGAAAGUUCUACCACCCCAACCACUGAAUCUUCCACAUCACCAUCAACACUAACACCAACAACUGAAUCGUCCACCACAUCAACCAGUUCAGAAUCAACAAGUGAAAUUUCCACAUCACCAACAACAGAAAGUUCUACCACCCCAACCACUGAAUCUUCCACAUCACCAUCAACACUAACACCAACAACUGGAACAUCCACCACACCAACUAGUUCACAGUCAACUAGCGAAAAUCCCACAUCACCAACAACCGAAACCUCCACCACUCCAACCACUGAAUCUUCCACAUCACCAUCAACACUAACACCAACAACUGAAACAUCCACCACACCAACUAGUUCACAGUCAACUAGCGAAGAUCCCACAUCACCAACAACAGAAACCUCCACCACUCCAACCACUGAAUCUUCCACAUCACCAUCAACAAUAACCCCAACAACUGAAUCUUCCACCACACCAACUAGUUCACAGUCAACUAGCGAAGAUCCCACAUCACCAACAACAGAAACCUCUACCACUCCAACCACCGAAUCUUCCACUUCACCAUCGACACUAACACCAACAACUGAAUCUUCCACCACACCAACUAGUUCACAGUCAACUAGCGAAGAUCCCACAUCACCAACAACAGAAACCUCAACCACUCCAACCACUGAAUCUUCCACAUCACCAUCAACACUAACACCAACAACUGAAUCGUCCACCACAUCAACCAGUUCAGAAUC